AUGGCUCUCAAAUCUUAUAAACCGACCGUUAACGAGAUAAAACGUGUGGAGACUGUCGAGCACUUUGCUUAUUUGUGGUCUGUUGGUACACCUCGCGGCAUCGAUGGAACCGAAGAUGUGGCCUCGGAGUGUUUUUCAGCCGGUGCUCGUACGUGGGAGUUGCACUUGUACCCCAACUCAAAGUGCACGAGGUCAAAGGACAAGGACUGUCUGGCUAUGGACCUCACGAUGACGGGAGAAACGGAGCUUGUGGUACGUUUGUGCGUAUCGAUGAUUGAUCGUAAGAGGCAGAAAGUCGUUCGUUCGUGGAGGGCGCGAAAGAUCCUAUUUCAACCUAACGAGCCUUUGGUCAUCAACAGAUUGAUAAAGCUCGAUUUCGUUGACGAGGUCACCAAGGAGGUACACGUAUUGUGCGAAAUUUGGCCCGACGAAGCAGACGAGCCGAAAAACGCCGAAGAAGAAAACGGCUCGAAGAUGGAAGAAAAACAGUACAAAUGCCAGCGUUUCUUGAACAACAAAAAGUGCAGUGAUGUUGCGCUACUGAUUGGCGAUCGGAAGAUAUUGGCGCACUCGAUAGUUUUGGCAACGAGGAGUUCGGUGUUUGCGGUCGUACUGGGCGACUUCGUGUCACGCAAAAACAAAUUAGCUUCGACUCAACUGAUGAUAAAAUGCACGCCGUACAAUGUGAUGAUGGCGUUGAUUCGUUACAUGUAUCACGGGGAUGUCGACGGUGUCGAGGAAGUGGCCAACCAACUGAUGGUGGCAGCGUUCGAAUACGGUGUUUGGGACUUGAUUCACGUUUGCGAGAUGGUUUUACUGAAAAAUCUGAGCCAGGAAAAUGCUUUCGAUUAUUUGAAGUCGGCAGUGAAAUGUGAUGCGUUAUAUUUAAAAAUCAACGCUUUGAAACUGCUCACGGAAUUAUGGUUAGACGACAAAAACCGAAAAUAUGUCGUGGAUCCCACGAUUUAUCACCUGGAGGACGACUCAUUUGUUUCUUGCUUGCAUUUAUCUCACCACUAA